GCAACAUCUUCUCCCCGGAUGACCUGCUCAUAGGCUCACGUCGACGCUCACAGAGAAACAUGUCGCGGACACACUCUUUCCAACAGAUCCCUACUGACCCGGACGCCAACACGCUCUCCGGUCGACGCCGCAGUCGAAGAGACUGGGGUGGGAUCCUGAACGUUGUGUUGAAUCCCGCCCUGAACGCUCUGGAGACGGUAUGGAAACGGUAUCAGAGGACGAGUAGGAGACAGAAGGCUUGUCGCAGGACUUUUGUUGCUAUCAACCUGGCCAUCCUCCUCGCCAUCUACAUCGUCACGCCAACGAGGAUCUUGCAGUCCUUGCAAAACCUCUCGGGAUGGUUACGAGAUCAAGGGUCGUUUGGCGCGUUCCUCUUGUUCAUGGCCACCGUCUUGUCCUCCCACCCGCCGUUGUUCGGGUUCGCGUCGUCCCUGACCCUCAUCGGAUUUACGUUCGGGAUGUGGCCCGGAGCUUUUAUUGGUGUCAUAGGGAGCAUGUGUGGGUCUGGGUUGGCCUUCUGGAGCGUUAGAACAUUCUUUUUGCAGUGGAUGAAACGGUUUGGAGCGGGCAAGUCGGACAAGUGGGAAGCGUUCUCACAUGUCAUCAAAGCAAAGGGGACGAUCCUGGUCAUCAUGAUUCGAUGGUGUCCCUUGCCUUGGGCGUUGAGUAACGGGAUGUUUGCCUCCAUCGAAACCGUCUCCUUUCCCUCAUUCAUGCUCGCCAAUCUCCUCCUCCAGCCGAGGCUGAUGAUCCCGAUCUUUAUCGGCUCACGUCUGGAAUCGCUCACCGAGUCGGGUCCUGCCGACCCGGUAGGCAGGUGGAUCAACUUGGGAGCCAUCUUGCUCGGGGUUAGCAUCAGCGCGGGUACGGGCUGGUUCAUCUACCGCGCGACACUGCAGCAGAUGGAACAAUUACGAGCCUCUGGCGACCUGACCGAUCGAGAGGCUGACGACGCCGAGGAUAUCCUGGAGAGGAACGCCUUGCUCGCCGAUUUUUCCGGCAGCGAUAGCGAUGCUGACGAGCUUCGUCUAGGUGGAGUUCUCGAGAACGGUCAUGGCCAUGGGCCAAACGUGGGCCGAUCGAGUGUUCGGUCGGGGCAUAUUAGACAAGAGAGCGUAUAGACAAAACAAGCUUGUAGUGUCGUAAGUAUAGGCGUUGCACAUCAAUAUAUCCUUGGGAGAGCGUUAGGCGACAGGUGCAAUGACCUGGAA